AUGGGAGACAUAAGUGACGAUGUAGAUCAGAAAAUGGAGGAAGUAUUGUUGCCCGGAUUUAGGUUCCAUCCCACAGACGAAGAGCUUGUAAGCUUCUACUUGAAGCGGAAGGUUCAACACAAUCCUCUCUCCAUAGAACUCAUAAGACAACUCGAUAUCUACAAAUACGACCCCUGGGAUCUUCCAAAGUUUGCGAUGACGGGUGAAAAGGAAUGGUACUUUUAUUGUCCGAGGGACAGGAAGUAUAGGAACAGCUCGAGGCCGAACCGAGUCACUGGAGCUGGUUUCUGGAAAGCCACGGGAACGGACAGGCCGAUAUACUCGUCGGAAGGAAACAAAUGCAUAGGUUUAAAGAAGUCAUUAGUGUUCUACAAAGGAAGAGCUGCGAAAGGAGUUAAGACUGAUUGGAUGAUGCAUGAGUUUCGUUUACCUUCUCUCUCGGAGCCAUCUCUUUCUUCUAAGAGGUUCUUCGAUUCUCCUGUCUCUCCAAACGAUUCAUGGGCAAUAUGCAGAAUCUUCAAAAAGACAAACACAACGACCCUAAGAGCUCUCUCUCAUUCCUUUGUUUCCUCGUUACAACCAGAGACAAGCACCGACACAAUGUCCGAUAAAAAGCCACCAAACACAACCCACUUUUCUUUAGACAAGAUCCUCAAAACUAGCUCUCACUUCCAGUUUCACCAUGAGAAUUAUAUGAACACUCCCAAAAGUAGUAUUAGUACAAAUCCUCCUGUUGCCACUAUAAGUCCUUUCGCUUACUUGGAUUGCACUUCCUAUGACAAACCCACCAACGUUUUUAAUCCGGUCUCAUGUUUAGACCAACAAUACCUCACAAAUCUCUUUCUUGCGACACAAGAAACACCACCUCAGUUUCCAGGGCUCAGCUCGUGUAAUGAAAUCCCAUCGUUUCUACUAAACACCUCAUCAUCAGAUUCGACCUUCUUAGGAGAAUACACAAGCCAGAUCGACCUCAGCGCGGUGUUGGCCCAAGAGCAGUGUCCUGCGCUUGUAAGCUUACAACCAGAGUAUCAAGAGAAGGGAUCUGGUAAAAUGAAGAACAUGCAAGGUUCCAACGAAGAUCAUCAUGGUCACUGUGGCACUCUGCGGUUUGGUGAUUUUGCUUCAGAAAAUGAUGAGAACCAUCAAGACCUGAAACAGAUUUAUUAUUCCUCCUUGUCGUCCAUUAAUGGCGAUUUGCCGGCUUGUUUCUCCACAAUUUGA